AUGAUAUUGCCACCUCACUCCUCAGUUCCUUUUGAAGUGGUGCACCUUGACUUCGCGGAACUGAAGAAGAAAGCUGAAGGGCGGCGGAGAACUCAAUGUUUCCUCGUAGCCAUUGACGAGUGCACUCGGAUGGUAGCAGCAAGACCUGGAAAGGAGGAAUCCAACUCUAUCAUCGCUCUCAUCAGCCGUAAAAUGUUUGAAGGAACAAAAGUUUUGGUUUCCGACAACGCUGCUGCUUUUAAGAGCAACGUUAUACAAGCGUGGGCUGCUGAUCGUGGGAUCCAACUCAAGUACACUUCCCCCUUCCACCCAGAAGCAAAUGGGCUGGCAGAGCGGACCAUCAGAAGCAUUAAGCAAUACAUGGCCAUGUAUCCAGAUAUCAAAGGUAGUUGGAAGUGUUGCUUGGAGGCUGCGGUUGCUCACCACAAUCGUUCGUCUAGUGCGGCGUUAGGAUGUUCACCACUUUGUGCCCUUACUGGAAAGCCGACCCUUCUACCGGCAGACUACACAUUGGAAAUUAGUGACAGGCUUUCUUUAGCGGAACAUAAGAAAAGCCCAGAACAACAGCAGUCGCACCGAAAUACGAUGAAAAAGAACUUUGACAGACGGCAUGUGACAACAAUCCCACCCGUCGCCGUUGGCGACUCCGUCAUGAUAUGGAAAGGGCUGCCUGGACACCAGCAACGAGCCCUAACGAGCCCUUUUUUGGUUGUUAAAACAGCUUCCCAGUGUGGUGUUCUGAAAACCAUCGGAUACACCAACGAUGAGGGAAACAUGGAGAUCGCUGCCAUCAAGAAUGUCGUCCCUUACCAUCCCCGGAGGGAAGGUUCUCAAAAGUGA